AUGUCAUACCCAAACCUCCCGACUCUUACGCCUCAAAAACCGCUUCCUGGAGCCUAUUUCCAGACUCCUGCGCCCAAUCAUGUAUCGAACGCGUCGCUGAUCUCGUCCAAGCCAGCUCCUGCCCCGGCGGAGCGAGCUUCGCCAGCUUCUCUACCGAAGCUCCCCCCGGCGGCGUCGAAGUCUCAAAGUCAGACGCUGAGCAUUGAGGAGCGCGCGGCAAGCACGGUCGAUGAUACUCUCGUUCAGGAGUCGCGUUAUCCUGAUCUGGAUAGCUACCUGUCUCAAGGGUUCUCUUCCGACUAUGACAUUCCCACCGCGUCCGCAUGGGCUCCCUUCCAGAAGGUAAAGAUGUAUAAUAUUCCCGAUCAGAUCUUUGAUCAGUACAACCGAGCACAGGUCUCCACGAGCAUGGGUCUCUUCGCCGAGUUGAAUCAUGCCUGGGUUGCUAUCGACAACGCCCUGUACAUCUGGGAUUACACGCACCCCAACCCUCAGUUGGUCGGUUUUGAAGAACAACCCAACAGUAUAAAUGCGGUCAAGCUGGCGAAGCCUCGCGCAGGAGUGUUCUUGCCAUCGAUCACCCACCUACUCGUCAUUUCAACCACGGCCGAUGUGAUCUUGCUUGGAAUGGGAUGCGAAACACUAGCUGGAGGAGCGCGACAAGUAUCGCUAUAUCAGACCGGCAUGUCGACCUCGAUCCGUGGCCUGGACAUCCACGUCAUUGCCUCGUCGGAUGCGACUGGCCGUAUCUUCUUUGGUGGAUCUUCCGACAACGAUGUCUACGAACUCACGUACCAACAGGAGGAGCGGUGGUUCCAGGGCAGGUGCGCCAAGGUCAACCAUACCAGCUCGCGUAUCUCUGCGUUCACACCGACCCUGAGCUUCACACAAAAGACGACCGAGAAUGUGGAACAGAUGGAGAUCGAUGACACUCGAAGACUGCUGUACACGCUAUCAUCGUCCUCGACCAUCAGAGUCUUCCACAUGAAGCCCGACGGCACUCUAGCGCUGGCCAUCACUAAGCUAGCCAUGGACAUUUACGCCAACAUUGGACAUAUCAUUGCCUCGAACGAAACUCUUAAUCCUAAGGUCAGAAUUGUCUCGAUCAGCCCCAUCCCAGCCGCCGAGGCGUCGAGAUAUCAUCUCAUGGCUACUACCGCGACCGGUUACCGCAUCUAUCUCAGUGCCACAGCGUCUUAUAGCUGGUCCCCAGCUCCUAAUGGCACGAACGCGCCGACAAGCAUGCAGGCGCACCAUGUGAAGACACCGCCAUUUGAUAACGCUCCUUCGACACCAAUGGAAUUAGGCCAACCACGAUUCCAAACCUCUGGAGCUUCCAGAGUUCCAAUCCACUCCCUCAGCCCCACCAGAUUCAGUGUCCGAUAUCCACCAGGAUACUUCUUCUGCUUCACGUGCAAGGAUCCUACGCAGAAGACCGACACUCUUUUCAUCUCUUCUCCCGAUUCGGGGCGAGUUGCUCGCUCCCAGGAGAACGUCAUCCCUGGAAAGGCUGCUGAGACGGGCAUUUGGCUCUCUCUGGGUAGCAGAGCCGAGGACGUCGGUCUUUGCUCGCAACCAAGCCCUGCUGCCCUCACUCCUGGGGGUUUUGGCAACGAACUUGCUGUUCAAUUUGACAGUCCGGCAGCCGAGGUUGCAAUCUUGACCAACACCGGUAUCCACGUCAUCCGCCGGCGACGACUUGUUGAUAUCUUUGCGGCGUUGGUUCGUAGUGGUGGAAGUGGUAGCGAUGAAGGACUUGAAGGCGAAGUCAAGAAUUUCAUCCGGACUUACGGUCGAAGCGAGACUCUUGCGACAGCGCUCGCUGUUGCAUGUGGCCAGGGAGUGGAAAUCUCAUCAGACUCUCGACUCACUCAAAUCAAUGAUCCUGAUGUUCUCGAGUUCGCUCGGAAGGUUUUCAUCGAAUAUGGAGGCCGACCCACGAUGAACGAGAACGCGGUUGCUGACAGCUCCACACCCGCAAUUGAUGCGGUUGUCCUAUCACCCCGACAUACCGGCAUUGCUCUUUACAUCUCAAGACUAUUGCGAUCGAUCUGGAAAAAGGAGAUUGCCAAAGUCGGUGCCUCGCCGAAUGGCGCUCAGACAAUUUCUCCAUCUGUGUCGACAGCCAAGCUGCAGAGCGUACAGAAAGACCUGUCUGCUUUGCACGAUUUCUUCAAGGCCAACAAGAGUUUUAUCGAAGGAUUGAGCGGCCCUGAAGCCCUGACUCGUGUAUCGACCAAACAAGAAGAGACCGCAUUGCAAGCAGAACACAGAGCACUUCACUCUCUUGUACAAUUGGUAUCCCACACCAUUGAAGGCAUCUCCUUUGUCUUGGUGCUUUUCGAUGAGCGUGUCGAUGAAAUCGUGGCCACUUUGCCGGAUGAGUCGAAGCAGCGUUUCCUCAAGCUGACUUUUGAAGAGCUCUUCAGCACCAGCAAGGGCCAUGACAUUGCUAAGGAGUUGGUCAAGGGAAUCGUGAACCGGAAUAUUGCCAAGGGCUCCAAUGUUGAGACAGUAGCUGAUGCUCUCAGACGGCGAUGCGGUAGCUUCUGCAGUGCGGAGGAUGUGGUCAUCUUCAAGGCGCAAGAGCUUCUGAAGAGAGCCACCGAAGCCGGUGCAAACUCAGAACUUGGCCGCAACUUGCUUAACGAGAGUCUGCAUCUGUUCCAGCAGGUGUCGGAUAGCCUGCCUAUGGACUACUUGAUCUCCGCGGUCGAAAACUACAUUUCGAAUCAGUUCUUUGCUGGUGCAAUCCAACUUGCUUUGAAUGUCGCAGCUCGUUCCGACAAAGCCAACAUGGCGCUUUCGUGGAUUGUGGACGGGCGCCCUGAAGAUGAUUCCCGACGCGAUUACUUCUACUUCAGGAAGCAAUGUUACGAUCUUAUCUCCAAGGUCAUCAUUGCUGUCGACAAUCUUGCCGCGCAGGACCCGGGUGUGGUUGAUGGACAGCUCACAAUCGUGGCCAAGCGCAAGAAGGAGGCCUACAGCGUCAUUUCAGAUUCAUCGGAUGAGGUGUUCUUGACGAGCCUGUACGACUGGUACCUGGAACAGGGCUGGAGUGAUCGGUUGCUGCAGAACAACUCUCCGUUCGUGGUGACUUAUUUGGAACGCAAGUCAACUGAUGAUCUUUCGCAUGCGGACCUUCUCUGGAGAUAUUACGCCCAGUCGGAGAGAUUCUACGAGGCGGCCACUGUACAGUAUCACCUUGCGCAGAGUGCCUUUGCUCUGCCGCUUGGCCGCCGAAUUGAGUAUCUGGGCCGCGCUAGGGCAAACGCCUCGAUCUACACGCCGGAUGUGGGUCGGCAGUCACGGCAGCGCCUCUUGCAGGAGAUCUCAACUCUGAUUGAUGUUGCAAACAUCCAGGAUGACCUCCUGCAGCGUUUGAAGGAUGACACUCGGAUUGCGCCCGAGCGCCGGACGGUGGUCUUGAAGGAUGUGGAUGGUCCCAUCAUGGACAUCAGCACCCUUUUCAACCAAUACGCCGACCCAGGGAGCUACUACGAUAUCUGCCUACAAAUCUACUACCUCGCAGACCACCGCAACCCAGCUGAUAUCAAGGGCACAUGGCAGCACUUACUUCAGACACUUCAUGACGAAGCUCUCGAGAGAGGGGAGGCGCAGCCAUAUGAAGUCGUGAUCGAGAAAGUGCGCAGCCUGGGCAGCCGUCUGCGGAUGUCUGAGAUUGUCUUCCCGGUCAAAGAACUCCUGCCGAUGAUCGAACGGUAUGCACUGGAGAAUCAGCGUGAUGUCGGACCCCCGACCUGGAUCAUCGAUCUGUUCCUGGAUCUCGGAGUCGCGCACGAGACCCUCUACGCGGUUCUCGAAGCGAUGUACUACACCGAUGAGGCGCCGUUCCACGGAUCGAACCGCAAAUACAUCGCCCGGGACCUGCUCUACCUGAUCGGAGUCUGGUACCACGAGACGGUCCGGCUGGGAGGCAUCGUGUUCGGAAGCGAUGCGGUCGCCGAGCGUAUCUCGGAGACGCUUCUCCUGCUGCAGCAGGGCGGUAUCCCGGCCGAACAGGUGCAAGCGGCGCAGGAGCUGCGCACGCGGAUCGCAGAGGUCCUGCAGUAA